AUGAAUUCAUCAUCAGCAGAAACCGUAGCCAACAUCGAAGAACUGCUACAACAGAUCCUUGUGCGGCUUCCAGCUCUAUCUGUGCUUCGUUUCAAGUGCGUCUCCAAGCACUGGCUCUCUCUUAUCUCAACCCCCCAAUUCUGUCACCUUCACACCCUCCAAAACCCAAACCCUAAAAUCUCCGGUUUCUUCGCUAGCAGUACCUACUGCUCCACUUUCAUCCCUCUUCAAAACCAAUCUGGGACGACUAAUCCUUUUAACGCUCUUAAUGAUUUCGUCCAUGCUGACGACCCAGAUACGUUAGGGUUAGAUAUUCUUCAGUCCUGCAAUGGUCUCUUUCUCUGCCGCCAUAGAGUUGUUCCCUUUCUCUGCCACCAUAGAGUUGCAGACUUGAGAAAACGUCAUCCCGUAUAUGUUGUCAAUCCCACAACCAACCAAUUCUCGGUUCUUUCCUCCCCAAGAGUUGGGAAAGAUCCAUUCUUUAUUCGCUAUGCUUUGGCUUUUGACCCUUCCAAAUCGCCUCAUUACAAGGUGGUCUGCCUUGAUGACCACCAAAUAGACAUAUAUUCAUCUGAGACUCGAGCUUGGAAGCUUCUGGAGACUUCUUUCAAAACAGAAGACUGGGGCAGUAGUAGGGAAGGCGGAGUAUACUGCAAUGGCGCAGUUCAUUGGAUAAGAGACCACACACAGCUGGUGGAUAGGUGGGUAAGAGAUGAUAGUGAUGUGUUGCACUACUAUGUUAUUGGAGAAGAUAGUUUGCGACUUGCCGUUUCUAGUCCUCCUCUGGUUGUAACUGCUCCGUAUUCGGAUUGCUUCUCGCGGAUUCCAGAUCAUAGAUAUUUUGGGGAGUCUGGUAGCCAUUUAUGUUUGAUUGAUAUUUAUUGGGGUCGUAAUAGUAAUACUCAAUUUUAUGUGAAGGAGAUGAGGAGGGACUACUCUGGCUGGUUUGUCAAGUACCAUGUGGAUCUUAAUCCGUUAAUCUCAUUCUCACGUCGUUUUUGGUUCUUGCUUCUUGGUGUAGUGGAAAAUGAUGAAGAAGAUCAGCACCACCAAAAUGAGGAGGAGGGUUCUUCUUCUCUUCUGUUGCAUAUUCCUGGUAAGGUCAUACCUUAUAGUCUUCGGAACAAGAGCUAUAAGAUAUCUGUGGAUUUACCCAAAGAGGACCAGCACUAUUUUAUACCUAAAGAACAUUGUCAUGGUUACGUGGAGAGUUUAGCUUGUGUGUGA